AUGGACCGUCCCGAGCCUGGGCUCGUAAAAUGGUCCGCCAACGCUGCCGUCGACAGCUUCGUGCACAUCAACCUGCAGCACCGCGUUGUCCAGCUCUACGAGCCGACUGGCCAUGCCCACAAGCGGCAGUUCGACUACGCCAAGCUGAGCAGACACGAUGACUUCCCUCCCCUCACAACCUACGACUGGUCCCCCGCCAACCCGGAGCUGCUGGCCGUCGGCACCAGCUCGGGCAUUGUGAACCUCUUGAGAAUCGACGACAACUCCAAUGCCUAUGUUGAAAUUGGCUUGAAGAUGGCUAGGACCUGUCAGGCAGUCGCCUUCAACACAACCGGCCUCUUGGCUGUUGGUCUCGACCGUGUGCGCAUGGACCAAAGCCUGCAAGUCUGGGACGUCAAUCGUCUGUCCGCAUUGGGAAACCAGGCGAGAGGCUUCCCUUCAGAAGCAGCCACUCUUGUCGAGGCCAGGACACGCCUCGAGCCGAGCGUGUCUGUUUCGAGCCUCAAGUUCUUCGAGGACAGUCCGCAGACGCUAGUGGCCGGCAUCAAAGGCCAGGGGUUGCGGAUACAUGAUCUCCGUGAUGCAACAACCGUUGCCACCUUUCAGACGAAAUGUAACAACAAUCUGGCCAUUGACUAUGCAGACCAAAACUUCUUUGCCUCGUCUGCCCUCGACCACCCGGGCGUCAUGAUUUGGGACCGCAGAGUCACGUCCCGUCCCUUGGCUUCGCACACCUACAUCCAGGCCGUUGAACAAGACGACCUGCCGUGGGGGGGAGCCCUGAGACUAAACCAGGUCAUCGAGACAAACUCAGAUCUUCUCCCCGCAGAUGGACAGCUCAAGGUCUUGGAGACGAACAGAGAAAUGCAGUCGUCUGGCGCCGCGCCACAAGGGGGCCCUGAGCUUCUCCAAGUGCAGCGAUCUCACGAAAUGGACGUGUCGUACCGAGACACCUCCAGGAGGAAUGAUCGCAUAGUGUCGUUUGAUUGGAUGACACUGGGAUCCCCUGUCUUGCGCCCGAGACUCCUUGUUUUACGGGCAAAUGGCAACUUCGAUGUGCUUGAGCAGCCAUCUCGCACGUCUGACUAUGUCUUCAACCUUGUGCCCUGGCAGCCACCCCAUCGCGGUUUGCAAGAACGUGCUCCGUACCAUGACAUGAUGCGCUUCGAGCCGUCGCAGACUGCAGAGAUGCUGGGUACCUUUCUGGCUGAAGAGACACUGUCCGAAGUUCCCAUCUUCGGACCCGACAAGGCCCAUGUCCAGGAACGGCUGCAAAGCGCCUCGAAAAUCAGAUCGGCCGCGUCUACCACUGUCGAGCACGUGGAUGGGAUAACCACAGACCUACCCGAUUCGUUUCGCAAUGCCAAGUCGGUUUCUCAGACGCUACGCAGCCUGCGCGCCUUUAUGCGUGACGAACAUGGAGCCUCGCACACUGAAGAUGGCUCUGUUGCCCACCACCGUGGUGCCAGUCAUUUGGACAAUGGCCUCAACGAUAUUUCUCUGGCAUCAAAUAGCCUGGGGUCCUGUCGUGAGAUCCACGAGGGAUUGUUGAGCUCUCUCGUCGCAGCAAAGGGGCUCCCUAGAGAAGCCCAAUGCGUAGUCGACCAUACCAUGCUACUCCGCGCCCAAGAAAAGUAUCUCUUUGAUGCGGCCACCAACCGGAAUAUUGUCUCAGAUGAUCCCUGGAAGAUGUUUAUAUGGGACUGGAUUGCCGGGCCUCAAGACGCCGAGCGGGCCGCCGACGACGGAGGCAUGCUCUUGGGGAACAUGGACCUGAGUUUCCUUGGGGUCCAUGCCAUAUGGACAAAUGAUCUGGGCAGAAACCCAAGCACCCGCCUUGCGCCUGGCACCGCCGUGCCUGACGCAUCCCAGUGGGAGCGAGCCAUAGGGCAGUACUGCAAGAAGCAUCGACUGCCAAAAUUCGAUGGCGUUGCCACCAAAAGGCCGUACCAUCGACAGCUGUGCCUCGAGAUCUGCGGUUGGGGCGAUCCUCAACGGCAUGACCCCAAUGGAGUUGAUCGAGAGGCUGAUCCGGAAUAUCCCACCGCCAUUCACACCAUGGUGGCUUCUCGAGCACUGUUCAGAGGGGAUACAAAGCAGGCCAUUCAGAUACUAAAGAAAGCCAGCUCCGCGCAUCCGGAGUUGCUCUUCGUCUCUCUGGCGCUCCAGCUCACGGGCCGCGGCGGGAAACAGGCGGCCAAGGAGCAGCUAGAGAUUGACGACGCGGUAGCAUCAAAAACGGAUCCGUAUCUGCGGGCGAUAUCGUCCCUGAUUGCGACUGGAGACUGGACCACCAUUGCCAACCAGCGAUCUCUGCCCCUGGCAGACCGCGCCGUGGCAGCCUUUCGUAACUUUGACGACGAGCAGCUCACCAGAUGGCUCAAGGACCAAGUGUCGCUUGCUGUCGAGGAGGGGGACGUGGAAGGCAUUGUGCUCGCGGGCAUCAACGAUGACCUGGUUGACAUCUUCGCCCGCUACGUGCAAAAGUUCCACGACGUCCAGACGGCCACCCUCGUCCUGUCCACCUGCUACCCUCGCUACAUGGACGACAUCCGCUGCCGCGCCUGGCGCAACGCCUACCGCGCUCACCUCCAGCGCCACCGGCUCUUCUUCCAGCGCACCAAGUUCGAGGUGGAGUCCACCAAGCGCUCCAAGCGAGACGGCGUGCCGACGCUCAAGCCACCCUCACGGCAGAUUGCCCUGCGCUGCGUCUUCUGCGAUGCCGAGACGUCCCUGGCCAACCAGGGCGCCGUGCCGCCGUCCACCGCCACGGCGCCGUCGAUGCUCGAGACGCGGAACCCGCUGCUGGCGACGAGCAUCAACGCCGGCGUCAGCUGCCCCAACUGCGGCCGCCACCUCCCGCGGUGCGUCGUCUGCCUCGAGGUCGUGGGCGUGCCGCGCUCCGUCAAGCCCGAGGACAAGGAGGAGGGCCGCGUGGCGGGCCGCUUCCCGACCUUUUGCCUGCGGUGCGAGCACGUCCUGCACCUCGACCAUGCAAGACAGUGGUUUGCCAGGCACGUCGAGUGCCCCGUGCCCGAGUGUCGCUGUCUUUGCAACUUUAAGGCGAACCCCGAGCUGGGCUAUGGUUAA